UGCGUAAUCGAACUACCUUGCCCUACUUCUGGAUGGAGAGCCGCGUAUACCUGAGCGCGCGCCCAUCGCCCCCUCCCGCGCGAGCUCUCGUUGCAGUAGGAGGGUCCAUGUGCGCGCAGUGACGUCGCUACGCAAGUCUGUCUGAGUCCUCCGCUGUUUGUAUUAGUCUUCAGUUGGGCGCCUUCAACAAUCUAGCGGCGAUGUGCACGUAAACAGAAAACAAACGACGGGACGUGUCGGUGAAGUCGCAGACGACCGCUGUACGCGUAAUGCGCUGUCGUUGAGGAUCUCGCGUCACGCGCGCGGCGGUGUGCGGUGCGUUCAGCUGUCACAACUGAAACUAGUGCGUGCAAGCGGUCGCAACACUGGGAAUACUUCUAAACACAACUUAACGCCGCCGUUUGGUGUCAUUCUCUGCGUUUUGUCCGUUGGAUUACCAGCGACCAGCAGUAGAGAUAACUGUCACAGUUGGAUGUCGUAAUUACGGUUUAUCAAAUGAUCCAGGUAUGGAGACUAAAAGAUACCAAAGUUACUGCGAAGGGGCAAAUGCAGAAAACAAAUGGGCACAGAUGCCGAACACCAUGGAGUAUUGCUGUUCUGCCGAAGAGAAUUUGACAAACAGCGACGUGCUCAUGGAUAUUGUUAACUCUCGCAGUGCCCCUAACGUGCCAUCUGCCUGCAAGGACAACAACUUUAAAACUACAGAGUCAACAAUGCUUAGAGUUAACCAGAAUCAACCGUUACCUUUUCCCUCCUUCAACAACUCCUUCCACAACCGCAAGUCGGAAACAGACUCAAAGGAGCUCUCCAAAACAGUUGCUGAGUCCAUGGGCUUGUACAUGAAUGCUGCCAGGGAGUCAGACUUUAGCUUUGCUCAACAAGGUACUGCAGGAGGGCAGGGUAGCCCGGAGAAACUCUAUCCUCUUUGUGGGAGGGCAAUUGAAGACAGCCAGUCCAAAACGACUGGGAGUCCAAAGAUGAAAGCUCCCCCAGCUUCAUUCCCACCUGGGGCCCAGCUACCCAAUGGUGGCCCUCAGGAGUGCGGGGUGGUCUCUGCCUCAGUGCCCUCUGCACUGGCCACUGCUCUUUCAUGCAGCACUGAUGGGUCUGGACCCACUUCUAGUCCUACCGGACACAACAUGGUGUCGUCCACUACCAGCCCCACCUUCUUUGACUCUGAUUGUCCAUCGCUGGUUUCUACACGCAAAAACUUGACCCAAGGUCAACACACCAGUCCCAACACCUGUAGCCCUGUAAAGUCCAGCAUGGUGGGGUCACCUCCCCUGGCCAGUCCCCUCAGUGUUAUGAAGUCUCCGGUUUCCAGUCCUCAUAGCAUGGGUAGCAUAAGCUCACCGCUUUCCUGUAACACCAAUAUGAGAUCAUCCGUCUCAAGCCCAACAACAAACGGAGGCAAUACCUGUAACAUCCGACCAUCCAUCUCCAGUCCGCCCACCGUUGGCAGCAUGACCAUGUCCAGUCCGAGGAACUCAUCCAGGGGCUUUUCGGUCUCUAGCCCUCCCAGUGGAUUGGGCCUAGUUCAAAAUGAUGUCAACAGCCCUGAGAGCCGAGAGCACGACUUCAAGGGAUUCGAGUUCCCGAAGGUAGAAAAUGUGGAUGGGGAAAUAUUUAACAUCGGCUUGGAUGCUAUGGGAGUGGCCAAAUAUAUCAAAAACGAACCUGGCACUGAUUACAGGAGUAUGUGCCUAGGCAGCAGCAAGAGCGCCAUGCCACAUUCUCCUUUCGUAACUCACAUUAAAACAGAGCCGAACAGAGAGGUGACUUGUUCGAACCUCCAGUUUGUGGAGCCGCAGCACUCUCUAGGCUGCUUUCCUUCUACAGAGACCACAUACUUGUCUUUGAGGGAUAAUAUUGACGAAUAUAGUCUUUCUGGGAUCUUGGGACCUCCUGUUUCGUCUCUGAAUGGCAACUAUGAACCUGGUGUGUUUCCUAACAAUGGCCUGCCUAAGGGGAUUAAACAGGAAACCAAUGAUGGCAGCUAUUACCAAGAGAAUAAUAAUGUGCCCACGUCGGCUAUUGUUGGCGUUAAUUCAGGUGGACAUUCAUUUCAUUACCAGAUCGGAGCGCAAGGAACAAUGUCGUUUUCACGCCACAAUCUGAGGGACCAGACGAACCCCUUGUUGAAUCUAAUUUCUCCAGUUACUGGAUUAAUGGAGACAUGGAAAACUCGCCCAGGCCUGUCACAGGGGCCUCUCUCUGCCAGAGGGGAUGGCUAUCCAGGCUCUGUCUGCCUUACAGAAAACUUGGAAAGUGCGUCUUUGAGACACACGUCUUCAACAGCCAAAGUGUGUCUGGUGUGCGGAGACGAGGCGUCAGGAUGUCACUAUGGGGUUGUUACAUGUGGAAGCUGUAAAGUUUUCUUCAAAAGAGCAGUAGAAGGUCAGCACAACUACCUCUGUGCUGGGAGGAAUGACUGUAUCAUUGACAAGAUUCGGAGGAAAAACUGUCCCGCGUGCAGAGUACGGAAAUGUCUGCAAGCCGGGAUGAAUCUUGGGGCACGGAAGUCCAAGAAGUUGGGGAAGAUGAAAAGCGUAAGCGAGGAUUCUUCCCUGCAGAACUCAAAGGACGGGCCUCCGUUUCUGACCUCGGAGAAAGAGUUGAGUUCGGCCAGUGCUCUUGUCCCCCACGUCCCCGCGGUAGCACCGUUUCUGUCACCGUCUGUGUGUAGCGUCCUGGAGCUCAUAGAGCCCGAAGUGGUGUUCGCGGGCUACGAUAACACACAGCCCGACACAACCGAUCACCUGCUCACCAGCCUCAACCACCUCGCCGGAAAACAGAUGAUCCGAGUGGUCAAGUGGGCCAAAGUACUUCCAGGUUUCCGCAGUCUACCCAUUGAGGACCAAAUCACGCUGAUCCAGUAUUCCUGGAUGUGUCUCUCCUCCUUCUCCCUCAGCUGGAGAUCCUACAAACACACCAACGCCCAAAUGCUGUACUUCGCCCCUGACCUCGUCUUCAACGAGGAACGUAUGCAGCAGUCGGCCAUGUACGAUCUGUGUGUUGGCAUGCGGCAGGUGAGCCAGGAGUUUGUCCGACUGCAGCUGACUUACGAGGAGUUCCUCGCCAUGAAGGUCCUGUUGCUGCUCAGCACAGUGCCCAAAGAUGGUCUGAAGAAUCAAGGGGCAUUUGAGGAGAUGCGGGUGAAUUACAUCAAGGAGCUUCGCCGCUCGGUCGGGAAAGCCACUAACAAUUCCGGCCAGACGUGGCAGCGCUUUUUCCAGCUCACCAAGCUUUUGGACGCAAUGCAUGAACUCGUAGGGAGCCUGUUGGACUUUUGUUUCUACACUUUCCGUGAAUCCCAGGCUCUGAAGGUCGAGUUCCCCGAGAUGCUGGUGGAAAUUAUCAGCGACCAAAUACCAAAGGUGGAGUCGGGCCUAACGCAUACUCUCUACUUUCACAAGAAAUGACUGAAAGCUCGCAAAAGGAGGGAAAAAUGAAGGAUCACAUGAAAGGAAAAGCAGAGGACACUCAGCCCUCGGAGAGCGAACAAGAGCAAGCCCGCUAUGCACAAAGCAAGGCGUAACGAGAGGCUUGGUUUAAAGCCAUAUAAGGCUUGCGUAGUGAGGGAAAGCAAAGAGCGAUCUCUGUACCCGGCCAGCAGAGAAGAACUCAUAUUUCAUGUGACAGUGCGUUCCUUACCCCCCAAAGACAAUGCUGACAGUGUUCUAUAUGGAUAUGAAGCCAUAUUCUUUGGUAAAGCUAUAGUGCACAGUCACAUGUGAAUACGUCACACACACACACAGAAAUAUGGGCCCACAUGCUAGACAUAUCCUUGACUCCCAAACCCAGUGAAGACCAUUGCGUUUGUAUGUAACUCUCCUACAAUCUGCCGCUCAGAUUAAAAAAAUAAAUGAAUAAAAUACAGGUAAGAUUCGGUAAUAAUACAGCUUUUUAUUGCCGGUUAAAAUAAAAAUAUUGAUUCAAUUGGGGUGUCUGCAAAGAGGAAAUAAGAUACUCAAAGGGCUACAACAUAGCUGAAUUUUGAAGAAUUGGUGCACGAAGUAAUCAUCGAAAGAAUACGAUCUAAAUUAUGUUCGCGAAUUGAAAUGGCACACACGUGUUUUUUGACGACUCGAAGUGUUUACACGGGCCCCGCUGAUUCAGUGCUCCGGUGGCCUGAUGAUUGAUAAGCUGAGAAAUGGCAGCUCCGAAAGAAAAUGCUAUCGGACUGGGGCAGAGUAAAAAGGAGAAAAAAAAAAAAAAAGUGCAACUUUGCUAUACAGCAAAUAUUAUGGCUCGUCUUGUAAAAAAAAAAAAAAAAAAAAGAAAAAACUGAGCUCACGCAAACACACACGCCACAUUUUGUGUGCGCGCUUGGACUGUAGCAAAUCAUAGUAAAUCAUACCUACGCUGUUACUAAACCAGCUCCCCUUUUUGAUGUUAAGGAAAUUACCGUACUAAUUUACAGUUCCAGACAAGAAAAGCAUUUUAUAUGAUUGCGAAGUUUUUGCGUUUCCGAGAAACAAUCCAGCUAGAAGCCAUUUUCUAACAAGGUGCUUCUGUUUUCUUAACGUAAAUAGUAGACGAUUUCCAGUAGCAGCACAUGUACAGUUAGAUACCGUAUGGGGAAAAUCAGCUUUUCUGAAGCAUACAGCUUUCAUAUUAGUAAACAACAAUAACAGCCGUAGUCCACGUAGUAGUCUAUUGUAAGGAACGGACAGGGUUACGCGGACUAAUAACAACAGUAACCUGCUCAUAAACACACAAUAUAUGUGUAUCGUAUGAUUAUAAUUGUUGCUUGUAGGAAUAUUUUUCAAACGUUGUACAUAGGAAGUUUUUGAUUUCAACCACCUUGCAAUUAAAACUUGGCUAUUUGGGGAAAUACCAGUCGACUUGAGAGUGCUUGAGUGAAUUGUAUCUUAAAAAGAAAUUUGGACCACUGUUCGGUGUUUCGUAACCCCACUGUGCUACUGAUGGAAUCAAAAGAGGUACCGCUAGUUCUCAAAUGCUGUGAGUCUGAGGACAAUGAAGGUUUGUGCGUGUUGUUUGUGUGCGUGUGUAUUUGGUUUUCUGUUUUCUCUCAAGUUUCUUAAAAGGCACAGGAUAGCCGAUUAUUUACGAGAGGGCAUUGUUGGGUUUUCUCCGAUGGGAUUAGAACGAUCCUAUUGGCUGAUUCUGAUUUGCACAGACACCAUAAUGUGAUAAUUGGGAUAUUAGAUGUUCUGCUAUCGUGUUGGUUAUGUAACGUGCUUUUGGGGGUGGGUCAGGUGGGACGUUUGUGAACUGGAAAGGUCCAAGAACUUUUGAUGUUUGCCUUUUUUUGAUGUAGCUGGUUGGUGGUAAAUGACCGUUGGAGGACAAAAAUCCUAAUUGGAACAGAACAAUCAAAUCAAUCUGUGGUACCCAGGCAAAACCCCGUUUCACCGACCUGUCGAUACACUGUACGUCGAAAGUUUUUGAUGGACCUAAAACUAGGUAUUUGCAGUAGUCUCUUUUUUCCAACCUUUCCCUUUUUUAAAUACACAGAUCUAUAAAUGAGAAUAAAUGUUAAAAGGUUCAUAGGAUGUAUGUGAAGUAUUUUUGAGAGAUUCUAUUUUGCUGGACACAAUAUAUUAGUAAUUUGUCUAAAAAGAGUAUAUGAGACCUUUUGUAAAGUGAAAUGUUUAUGCAUGCUUUUUGAAAAGAUGUUUACAGUGUAUUUAAGAAGGGAAACUUGUGCCUUUUUUCUCACAAAAGUUACCAUUUUACAGUAUCUAUUGUAAAUAAAUCAGUGAAUUAUUAUGUUGCGUUGUAUGGAACAUUUCUAUAUUAAAUAUUUGUCAGACGUUGGGAUGAAAUUCACACAUUUCCCUCUUAAGAGUUACUGACUGCCCAUCAUUCAGAAUCCAGAGCGAGAGCCAGAGAGCAUGAUGGAUAUACAUUUAAUUUAUAUUUCCUUUUCACAGCAAGAGAGACUUGUUUACUCCCUGAAUGUCACUAGCUUAAAAACUUGUCAUUUUGCUCUGUAGUAAUGUGAACUAAUUGUAUGUUUUUUUUUGCUUUUUUUUUGUGUUUCCUCUUUGCUUCGCCUACAGAUCUAUUAAAAAAACACAACGCUGUGCUCACAUCAGAGGUUAGCUAUAUUAAGCUGAAAGGAAAAGUACUUGUGGUUGCCAAAUAUUUUUAUCCCAGAUUUUUUUUUUUUUUUUUAAAUAAAUCAAACCAAGCAAAAAAAAAAACAGACUUUUUUUCUUCGGUGCUUCACAAGUUCUUGUCUUGUGAACCAACAAUGCUCUUUAUUAUUAUUUCUACAAUACACGAACAUACAGAGGUUUUUUUUUUUAAUAGCAUGAAACAAAUGCAACCUUAUGUAAGGAAGACCUAAAGAUGAAGCUAUCACAGGGAGGAAAACCGAAACGGUUUCAUACGAAUUCAGAUAUCCGUCAGCAACGAAGAGAAUAUAGAUCGCCAUGCUUGUUGCAGCAUGUUUGCAAUUUGCGUUUCUCCGUCACCAAAUGACAAAGCUUGAAAUACUGAAAGAACGUGUGAAUCCACACUUUUGGGUUGCGUGUUACUUCGGCUUUGACAGUCUGCGUAUGACUUUUUAGAUGUGUUUUUGGGGAGUCUACAUGUAAAACUAUGCAUUUGUACAAAUCACAUUACCACCAAGCAGCACCUUUGUGCAAAAUAAGGGCAAAGCGUGGUCAAGGUAACCAGUAUGUUGAAUCGAAAUAAAAUAAAACCCACAGACCACGUGUUGUGUUUGCACAUUAACACCCUCGUGUUAAUGAAUAUUGAUUUUUAUUUUUGGGGGGGGGGAUAAAUUCGAAUCUGUGUGCUAUACAUUGUUUAAAGUGACGAAGCCAUAUCUCUUUUGUGACAAAAGAGCGUUUCCUGUUCAUAUUUUGACCCCCUCCCCUCCUUUAAAAAAAAAAAAUAAAAUAAAAAAUCAGUGCUUUGUACAAUACUUGUUAGCAAAUCUCCUCAGUGCAGAAAUAUUCAACAUAAGCAGAAGACAGAUGCAAAUAGUUCCUCUAAACUGUAUAUCUUGAUGCAGAUCUUGCCAUAACCGUGUUUGCAGAAACAUCAAGGGAUUCCAAUAAACCUGUUAACAAUUAA